AUGGAAGCCCUAGUUGGAAACUCACGUUUCCUUUCCCGCCAUGCUCUUCUCAUCGUGCUCUUUCUCUGCUCUCUUUCCUUCUGCUCCUUCGCCCUCGACAUGUCCAUUAUCGACUACGACGAGACGCUCGUGCGGAACACGUACGAGGCCUGGCUGGUGAAACACGGCAAGGUCUACAACGGCAUCGGGGAGAAGGAGAGGAGGUUCCAAAUUUUUAGGGAUAAUUUGAGGUUCGUUGAGGAGCACAACAGUGGGGCGGGGAACAAGGAGUUCAAGCUUGGGUUGAACAGGUUCGCCGAUCUCACCAACGAAGAGUAUAGGGCUUUGUUCUUGGGUACCCGGAAUAGGGCCACGACGAGGAAGAGCGGCCGCUAUGCUUUUCUCGGUGGAGAGGAGCUUCCUGCCAUGGUGGAUUGGAGGGAGAAGGGCGCUGUUGCCCCUGUCAAAGAUCAAGGCCAAUGUGGGAGUUGCUGGGCAUUCUCCACGGUUGCAGCAGUGGAAGGAAUCAAUCAAAUUGUAACAGGCAACCUGACCACUCUGUCAGAGCAAGAAUUGGUGGACUGUGACAAAAGCUACAACAUGGGAUGUAAUGGAGGUCUCAUGGACUAUGCUUUUGAUUUUAUAGUAAAAAAUGGAGGCAUUGACACAGAAGAGGAUUACCCCUACACAGCUCGUGAUAAUACAUGUGAUGCAAACAGGAAAAAUUUUCGCGUUGUUACCAUUGAUGGAUAUGAAGAUGUCCCAUCCAAUGAUGAGAAAUCUUUGAUGAAGGCUGUUGCAAAUCAACCAGUUAGUGUUGCCGUUGAAGCUGGUGGCAGGGAAUUUCAACUUUAUCAGUCGGGUGUUUUUACUGGCCGGUGUGGAACAGAUCUAGAUCAUGGUGUUGCAGUAGUUGGGUAUGGAACAGAAAAAGGUACUGAUUACUGGCUAGUGAGGAAUUCUUGGGGUCCACAAUGGGGUGAAAAUGGUUACAUUAAGCUACAGAGAAAUGUGUUGGAUAGUGAAACUGGUAAGUGUGGGAUUGCAAUGGAGGCAUCCUACCCCAUCAAGAAUGGUGCUAACCCCCCAAAUCCUGGUCCUUCUCCCCCAACUCCUGCAACCCCUUCAUCAGUAUGUGAUGAAUACUACUCUUGCUCCCCUGGAACCACAUGUUGCUGCCUUUUUGAUUAUAAGGGGUUCUGCUUUGGAUGGGGAUGCUGCCCCAUGGAGUCUGCAACAUGCUGUGAUGACAAGUCCAGUUGCUGUCCUCCUGAGUUCCCUAUCUGUGAUACCACAUCUGGAUCCUGCCUAAUGAGUCUAGACAAUCCAUUUGGGAUAAAAGCUUUGAAAAGAACACCUGCUACUUGCACUUGGAUCCAGAGGAAACUUACCCUGAAGAGUAAGUAA